CCUCAAGUGCCACUCAGUUCUGAAACCAAAGGUCGAAUCCCCCAAUCCAUGGCGACCAACACCCUCCCAUCUUGCUCCCUCCUUGCCCCAGCCCAGCACCCUGCCCUACGGCUCCGGAGCUCCCUCCGCCUCCGCCUCUGCCUUUCCCUCUCCCACCACAACCAGCCCGCCGCCGACACCAAGCGCCGCCGAGCUCCGGUGCCCGCGCACCCGGCCUUCUCCCGCAGCCACCGCGCAAAGAAGAUCCCCGUCCCCGACACCGGCGAGCCCGCCGCCGGCGUGCGCGUCACCGACCGCGGCCUCGCCUACCGCCUCGAGGGGGCGCCGUUCGAGUUCCAGUACAGCUACACGGAGGCCCCGCGAGCCCGCCCGGUCGCGCUCCGCGAGGCCCCGUUCCUGCCGUUCGGUCCCGAGGCCACGCCGCGCCCCUGGACCGGGAGGAAGCCUCUCCCCAAGAGCCGCAAGGAGCUGCCUGAGUUCGACUCCUUCGUGCUGCCGCCGCAUGGCAAGAAAGGGGUCAAGCCCGUGCAGUCGCCGGGGCCGUUCCUCGCCGGGAUGGAGCCACGGUACCAAGCGGCAUCCCGGGAGGAGGUCCUCGGGGAACCGCUCACCAGGGAGGAGGUCGCUGAGCUCGUCAAGGGUAACCUCAAGGCCACGCGGCAGCUAAAUAUGGGUAGGGAUGGUUUAACACACAACAUGUUGGAGAACAUCCAUGCACAUUGGAAGAGGAAAAGAGUUUGCAAGAUAAGAUGCAAAGGUGUAUGUACAGUUGACAUGGAUAAUGUCUGCCAACAGCUUGAGGAAAGAGUUGGAGGAAAAGUAAUUUACCGUCAGGGGGGUGUGAUAUUUCUUUUUCGUGGUAGAAACUACAAUUACAGGACUCGCCCAGUUUUCCCACUUAUGCUCUGGAAACCUGCUGCGGCAGUGUACCCUCCCCUGGUCAAAAGGGUGCCAGAUGGCCUAACUCCGGAGGAGUCAACACAAAUGCACAAGAGAGGACGUCAAUUAACACCAAUUUGCAAACUUGGAAAAAAUGGUGUUUAUACUCACCUUGUGAAGGAAGUUAGAGAAGCAUUUGAAGCAUGUGAUCUUGUCCGGAUUGAUUGCUCAGGUCUCAACAAAAGUGAUUGCAGAAAAAUUGGAGCUAAACUAAAGGAUCUAGUUCCAUGUAUCUUAGUGUCUUUUGAGUUUGAACAUAUACUGAUGUGGAGAGGAAAUGUUUGGAAAUCAUCUCUUCCUCCGCCUGACGAAAAUAGUUUUGAAGUUGGAAGUGAUCAACAUCCAUUCACUAGUGAAGAAAGUUUGAAUAAGAAAGGAACAGCUUCAGGAACUGAUCUGACUUCGAUUGAGGCAGUGAAUAAUGCAGGAUAUGUGUACAACAGCAACUUGAACCCUGAACUUGUCAAUGAUGUCAUGCUGAAUUCGCCAUGUAUAGUCCCUGGAUCGUCUAAUCCUAAGGAUGUAGCUGGAAUCGAGAACUCAGCUGACACUCCAUUUGAACUUUCUACUUCAGAUUCAGUAAUUCCAUCUCUUAAGUCGGCACUUCAUGGCCAAAGUGUCAUAUCAGACGACAGUGAAAAUGGAGAUCCAGAUGACAGAUCUCCUUUUGGGUGCAAAAAAUCUGUACAAUGUCCAAAUGAGCAGGAAGCUCCCGUUCGUCCAUUGGGCAGCAGUGAUGAGAUUGGCGAAUUGGAGACUACCAAGAGAAAUACUGAAGGUUUGAAUGGCCAGGAUAGUGCAAAGACUGAUUCAACGUCAUUAUCCUAUAUGGAGGGAGUGUUACUUCUCUUAAAGGAGGCCACUGGAAGUGGCAGGGCACAUGUUCUGGACGAAAAUGAGUCUGUUGAUGCUGAUGUGAUUUAUCAAAAGUCUGUUGCCUUUGCCAAGAAAGCGCCACGAGGUCCGGUUUUCAAGAAUACACAAAGGAAGUCUGGUAUCCGGAAAAACGAGCCAAAUAAGAGCGGAAGAGUAAACAAACAUCCUGUAGAAAAGCAAGUACCUAACAAUGUUGAAAAGAAAGAUGAUGUCAACAGAGGAUUGAUAAAGCAGAGAAAUGAUCUUGCACAAGAGUUCCUGUCGGAUGUGGUUCCACAAGGUACAUUGAGAGUGGAUGAACUUGCGAAGUUACUUGCUUAGAGAUGCCAGAUCUCUUAUUUAGAACUAGAAACAUUCACGUGGGGGCAUGCUGUUUAGCCACACAAGUUUACCGUGAAAUUAAAGGAUAAUGAGUGUACAAUAGGAAACAGUGAUUAUUAUUGUAGCCAUAAUUGUGGAGCAUUUUUAUGUGAAUAGUUCAGUUAUGUGUUUCAUAUAUCCAUUUUUUGGGAGAAAACCA